UUGCUCAUCCGUUUGCGUUCGUUUUCGAAGUGCACCGAAUCAUCGUCGCGACAUCGCGAUUAACAACAUCUGCGAACGGCACAUCAAUCCAUUCAGUCUCACCAUCGACCAGACCUCAUCAUGUCGUCCUCCGUAUUCUACAAGUUCAGGAACCAAAAGGAAACUUCUAGGAUAGAGUUUGAGGGUACUGGUAUCUCAGUCUUUGAGCUCAAGCGUGAUAUCAUCAUCAAGAGUGGAUUAGGUGAUGGAACUGAUUUCGACCUUACAAUCUCCACCGACGAUAGCAAUAGUGAAGUCUACGAUGAUGAUACCGCAAUCAUUCCCCGUUCCACGACUGUGGUCGCCCGUCGAUUACCAAGCCAGAAGAAAGGCGCUGGACGAGCACAACGAUAUGUAAAUGGCAAGAUGCCAGCGAAUGCCAAGAACAACUCUCGCAAAGAAGUCUCCAAGGCUGCAGCCAAGGCAACUGCUGCGACGGGUUUGGCACAGAUGGACAAUGCAUCUAUGACUGAAGAGGAGCGCUUGCAAGCUAUGUUCCAGGCCCAGAACGAGCAGUGGAACGAGCAGUUGCAUGAGAUGAGCAAGCAAGCAAAAGUCCCUCACUCAGGCUUCCACAAGAAGUCAUCUGGCGACGAGCCGCCCUCCUCCUAUGUUUGUUAUCGGUGUGGUCAGAAGGGCCAUUGGAUCAAGGAAUGUCCUACAAACAAUGACCCCAACUGGAAUCCAGUUCGUCUGAAGCGUACCACUGGAAUUCCAAGAUCAUUCUUGAAAACUGUAGAGAAGCCUGAGAUACUCAAUGGUGAUGGUUCUGAAGAUGCGAAGCUUCCUCCCGGAGUUAUGGUCAAUGCAGAAGGCCAAUUUGUGAUUGCAGAGCCAGAUAAGGCAUCAUGGGAAAAAUUUCAAGCAAAGACCAAGUCAUCUGCUGCCGCUGCACAAGCUGCUGCUUUGGGUGAUAAGGAGUUACAGGAUAGGGGAUUGGAGUGUUCCAUCGACAACAGAAUAUUCAUAGACCCAAUGAAGACGCCGUGUUGUGAGAAGACGUAUUGCAAUGAUUGCAUUACUAAUGCGCUCAUUGAUAGCGAUUUUACUUGCCCUGGUUGUCAGACUGAAGGAGUACUAAUUGAUGAUCUGAAGACUGAUGACGAGACAUCCGCCAAGAUCACAGCUUAUUUGGAGGAAAAGAAUGCUGCCCUUAGAAAGGAGAAAGAAAGAUCCAGGACUCCACCAAGUGUCAAGCCAGAAACCCCGACAUCCACCGAGAAGGUCGAAAAGGCCAACUCACCAUCUCCUGCACCAAAAUCGCCAGCUCAAGUCAAGGAAGCCGCCAAGUCAGCCGCCAAAUCCCCUUCGACUGCAGUAUCAACUCCCAAUCCAACGAAGUCGCCAGUAAAGGACGAAGCUAAACCACAACCAAAGAAGCGACCAGCUGAAGAGCUGCUCGAGAACCCCAAGAUUCCCAAGGCUCCUAAGGCUAUGCAACAGCAAGAAGCACAAAAGCAAGCUAUGCUCCAGCAACAGCAAAUGAUGAACGGAAUGGCAGGCUUCCCAAACAUGCCUUUCAUGCCCAAUAUGCCCAACAUGCCAAAUAUGAUGAACAACUUCAACCCCAACGGUGGUUUUGCAGGAAUGCCAAACAUGAUGAACGGUUUUGGUAUGGGUAUGCCGAAUCCAAUGAUAGGCAUGAAUCCUAUGAUGGGUAUGAACAACUUCGGCGGUUUCCCAAACAUGUAUGGCGGUGCUGGAUUCAAUGGCAUGGGGAACAUGGGAAUGAUGAAUGGAAAUAUGGGCGGGCAACACAAUGCAAAUGGAAUCGCAAAUGGAAAUGGAAAUCUUAAUGGUGCUGGUGCGACGCAAUUCCCAAAUCAGCAGAAGACUGUGUUUGCAGAGCCGCUGCCGAAUGAGGAGGAUAAUGCGUAUUUCCGCAAGCCGGUCAAUCCUCAUCGCCAUCAGGGUAGACAGAGACGUGUUAGGCCGAGUGAUUAUAGGGAGUUGUAAAUGAGCAAUGCGCUCUUCUUUCCCUUGUGAGGUCUCAUUUGAUCUCGAUGCCUUGCCUCGGUCACGGUACAUAUUGGUUUUCAGAGACUCUACUCUAUUUCUUUCAUUCGACAUUGGUUUUGCUUUUCGCAUCAGGAGUUAGCAUUGCAAGGCGUUUAUGGAUGGGUGGUGGCGGACUUGAAUGAUGGGUGGGAAUAGUCUGCAUUAUGGGCGUGGGCUUUUGAUCUUUUGCAUCACAGUAUGAGCUAUUACGACUGGUCCAGUCAUAGAUGGUCAUUGGCGUUGUGGGUGCAGGGCAUGGAUAGUAAAUGGAAGCUGGAGGGACCGAGUGACUAGCUGCUCUUGCAGUGGAAUCACUCGACUCUUCUGGGUGCGUUG